UAUGACGAAAAUACACAUUUUGGGGACCCAGAUCCACACCUGCCCUGGAGAAAGGUCACAUUCUCCACUUUUGAAGAGCAGAAAUCCUUCUGCAUGGCCAGUUCUGGCAGGUCCUUAUGUUGUCCCACACCAAAAGGUUUUGAGAGUUCUAUGCUUGGUUAGCACUGACUUUCUUGGCUCUGUGGCAGAAUGACCCCCCUCGGUCCCCCUCACCCAGGUUUUCACAUUUCUUCAUCUAUAGAAACCUGGUGCUCCCUGGCCUCCCCUCUGUAAGGCUGGAUCAGAUCUUCUGGAUCUGAUCUUCUCUCCAGCUUACACCCUGCUUUUAACAAAUUCACCAAGCACUAAACUAUGUUUAGGCACUGUUGUAUUAAGCAUUUCACAUUCAUUAUCUCAUUUAAUCCUCAAAACAAUCCCACAUAUUAGCUUUAGAUAUGGUUAAGGUACUUGCUUAAAGUCACACAGUAAGUGAUAGAGCUGGGCUUCAAACUUGGACUUGCCUAGCACCAAAGCUUGAGCUCUGACCUCUGUGCUACACAUUCACCACUCAGCCAAUGAACCCUCAUGAGCGCGUGAGAAGAGAAACUUGAAGGCCCUUGAGUGGCUGAGAGGCUAGAUGAUGGCCCCCCAAAAGGUAUUCACCUCCUCCUCCCUGGAACCUGUGAAUGUUACUUUAUAUGGUGAAAAAGGACUUUGCAAAUGUGAUUAAGUUAAGAACCUUGAGAUGGGAAGAUUAUCCUGUACUAUCCAGGUGGGAUCUAAAUGCAGUCACAUAUAUCAUCAUAAAAGGGAGGCAGGGGAUCUGACACACACACAGAAGAGUUGGUAAGGCAGUGUGAUCGUGGAGGAGGAGACUGCAGUGAUCGGCCGCAAACCAAGAAAUGCCACCUGCUACCAGAAGCUGGAAAAGGCAAGGAAUGAUUUUCCCCUGGAGCCUCCGGAGAAAGCACAGCCCUGCUGACACCUGGUUUGGCCCAGUGAUACUGGUUUCAGACUUCUGGCCAUCAGAACUGUGAGAGAAUAUGUUUCUGUUGUUUUAAGCCACUAAGUUUGUGGUAAUUUGUUAUGGCGAUCACAGGUGACUUUGUGAUCUCUCUAGGCCAGUUUCCUUAUCUGUAAAAUGAGGAUAUUAGUGGUAAUACCUAGAAUUAAAAAAAAAAGAAAAGCGCUAGCAUUUACCUAGCACAAGGUAGAUGCUCUGCAGGGCUAUUAUCGCUCUCAGGGGCCGAGAGGAAGAUGUAUGGGGUGCUUUGGGAGCACAUUGGAAGGAAGGGCAAUUAACCCAGCCUCUAGUUCAUAAAUGCACAUGACCAUCCAGUAAGGUUAACAAAGAAGUUGAAAUUAAUUAAAAACGACAGUAUAUGGCAUUUAUUGACCAAAUGACAGAGAGUUCACAAAACAAUCUCCACCCUUAAUUUCUAAGAGUGACUGCAACCAUCAGAGAAACUUUUCAGGUGGUAACUCAUUACCUCGUGGAUGCCCCAGCAACUUUAUUUUUCUGGAGGUGAUUCUGAAUGGUCAUUCCAGGACACAUUAAUUAAUGAACCAUAAAAAUAAACACUGCAACUGGAAACUGGAAGUGUAAAUUCAGUUGCCUAUUACGAAUGUAAUCUGUGACCAUCACACUUUGUCCAUAGAAAUGAGCAGAGGGAAGGCUGGACUUAUCUAGGGGCCUGGUUCCCAGGUAUGUAAGGAUUAUUUCUCCCUGAGGGCUGGACUGAAGCCGGGCCAGAGAGUUUGCCUUUGAGCUGUUCCUAUUUGUUCAUCCAGCUCCUGGAGAGUCGUCAUUGCCUUCGUUAUGGAUUGCUCUGAGCUAGUGAUGGAAGAGCUAGCAGGGUGGCCUGGAGUGGCUCUUAGCAGGCUGGUGCCAGCUGACACAUGCCACUUAGGUUUCCAAGGAGCCAAGCUGUCCCCACUCACGCAUGGCUGAUGCACUUGUGGCUAAAUGUGGUGCCACCAGGGCCCCGGGCCAGAUUCAGGGCAGGAAAUAGAAUGCCAUCUCCAUCACCAGGGAAACCAUGGCCUGCGUGCAUGAUUUAAACCAGGGCCAACAAAAAAGCUCAAAGGCAGGGUCAGAAGAGGAAGGGAGACCAGAGGGUGGCUUGCAUGGAUUUUGUCUUGGGUUAUAACUGUUGACAAGCCACUUAGCUGCCCACAUGUUUAAGUUUAUCUGCAUAUAAGAUGGAGGUAACAAUAUUUACGCAUCUCACUGGGGACUUAUGAAAACAACAUUUCUGACAGACCACUCAGGAUCCAUGGAUGGAAGGUGGUAUAACAAAGAGCGAGUGGAAGAGAAAGGAGCAAAACCAAAGCACGCACUGAGCACCAGAGGCGUGCAAGCCGAGCUCAAGGGGCCUUGGGAAGAGAGCCAGAAGGUGGAGCUGCCAGAGGGGACAGUGGAGAGGUUGCCCCCCAUCAGUGCUUCGGGGAUAGGAGCUGACCUCCUUACCCAGGCAGAAGCCUCACCAGGGCAGGGAGACGGAGUUCCUGGCCCAGCCCAGGUACGCCCAGAGGUGGAAGCCAAAGCUCCUGUAACAUCCAGCGAGAACCCCAGGACGGGCCUGGAAUUGUCUGUGGUGUCUGAAAGGGUCAGUGAGGCUCCCACCAGCCAGGAAGCUGCAUCGGGUGCAGGACGAGGAACAUCAUCCAGUAGACCUGACCCUCAGCCCUCGGAGGAGGGCAUGAGGCUGACUCCAGCGCUGCCAGCCCAGGCCAAGUCAGCUCACGGUGGUGGAGAAACACCUCCAAGGAUCUCCAUCCAUGUGCAGGAGACAGACAUCCCUGGGGAGUUACUUGUGACACGAGGCGGCAGCCUCAGAACCACGCCCCCUGAAGAGGCUCUAGCAGCUGCCCAUCCAGGUGAGCAGGACUCACCUGGGCCCAGGUGCUACCCCCAGGCCCCUGGGACUGAGUCAGGAAAACAUAUCCCAAAAGGAGCUAAGGUGUUUUCCCCACUGUGGAAGCGGAGCAGCGACUGCGGAGCAAAGGCCAAAGAGAAACAGGGAUCUGGGCCUGAGCCCGCCAUGACACCAAGCAGGGCCUGGAGGGACAAGGGAGCCGAUGCCAGGACCCCAGGCCUGCAGCAGGACACAGGCCCGGGAGCAGGGAACCCUGAGCCUGGAAAAGACUGCACAGCCAGGGGCACGAGCAGAGCUGAAGCAGGAAGGAGGACACCCCCAGGAGCUGAGGCGGGCAGCCUGUUUCUGGACGACAGUCCAGCCCCGCCAGCCCCCUUCGAGCAUCGGAUGGUGAGUGUGAGGGAGACCUCGACCUCAGCGGGCUACACAGUGUGCCAGCACGAAGUCCUGGGAGGGGGCCGGUUUGGCCAGGUCCACAGAUGCACGGAGAAGGCCACGGGCCUCUCGCUGGCGGCCAAGAUCAUCAAAGUGAAGAGUGCCAAGGACCGGGAGGAUGUGAAGAACGAGAUCACCAUCAUGAACCAGCUCAGCCAUGUGAACCUGAUCCAGCUCUACGAUGCCUUUGAGAGCAAGAACAGCUUUACCCUUGUCAUGGAGUAUGUGGAUGGGGGUGAGCUCUUUGACCGGAUCACAGAAGAGAAGUACAACCUGACUGAACUGGAUGUGGUGUUGUUCACCAAGCAGGUCUGCGAGGGUGUGCAAUACCUCCAUCAGCAGUACGUCCUGCACUUGGACCUCAAGCCUGAGAACAUACUGUGUGUCAAUCAGACGGGACACCAAAUUAAGAUCAUUGACUUCGGGCUGGCCAGAAGGUACAAGCCUCGGGAGAAGCUGAAGGUGAACUUUGGCACUCCCGAGUUCCUGGCCCCAGAAGUCGUCAAUUACGAGUUUGUCUCGUUCCCAACGGACAUGUGGAGUGUGGGAGUCAUAACCUACAUGCUGCUCAGUGGUUUGUCGCCAUUUCUAGGGGAAACGGAUGCAGAGACCAUGAAUUUCAUUGUGAACUGUAGUUGGGAUUUUGAUGCUGACACCUUUGAAGGGCUGUCAGAGGAGGCCAAGGACUUUGUCUCCCAGUUGCUGGUCAAAGAGAAGAGCUGCAGAAUGAGUGCCACACAGUGCCUGAAACAUGAGUGGUUGAAUAACUUGCCUGCCAAAGCUUCUAAAUCGAAAGUUCGUCUCAAAUCCCAACUAUUGCUGCAGAAAUACAUGGCUCAGAGGAAAUGGAAGAAACACUUCUACGUGGUGACUGCUGCCAACAGGUUAAGGAAAUUUCCACCUUGUCCCUAAUCCUCAACUCUGCUGCUCCCAUGGGCCCAGAAAUUACUGAGACUUGUGGUGAAGUCAUGACUGAAGAUUUUUAAUAAUCUGGCUUUCUACUUAUUUUGUAAAAAAAGGUUAUGGCUGUUGCCUUCCUUGUGGAUGAAAAGUGGCUGUAAAGAGACUGACCUAAGAACUUUUUUCUGCCUUAUAAGAUCAGUUGAAAUGCUGGGAUUACUUUUCAAGUGUACCUACUUUUGGUGAUAAGUGUAGGCAUGCUUUAGGUAGGUAGGAAAGCUUCUACUUUGCAUAUGUCAAAUUUAAUGUCUAAGCUUACUCUGAUUAAAGAACCCAGUGGACUAUCACGCAGGGCAUGUUAGUAUUACCUCCUCCAGUGCAAAGAAUUCCUAGCAUUUUGACUUGCUCAGGUGUGAGCUGACAUUUUGUACUACAUUUGUUGCUCUAGUGUGAAGCAACGUGGAUUUAGGGCAGAGAUCCUCAAACUUGUUUUAACGUGUGCUCCCUUUUGAGAAUCAAAACACGCAUCCUUUAAUAUUCUUUGAAAUUUCAAAAUGUACUGACUGUCAUGGCUAUAUCAGAGCAAUGAUAGUUUUGAAUAAGCUUUUAAAAUCUGUACAUACCCCUACCCUCUCCUAAUUCUGCCCUGUCCUGACAUUGGCAGUCUCCCUCCUGAUCUCUCUUCCACAGUUAUGAAUCUAUGGUCUAGUAAGUCUGGGAACUGAUAUGUAAUAUGUGAAAGAGAGAUAAGAAUGUAAUGAUGUUCAGCUUUCUGAGAGAAACACAGAAAUGAUGCAUCAAGAGAAAACAAAUGCAAACUGCUCUCCUACUGUUUUAUCAGGUAUAUACCCAUCACUUAACUAACUUCAAGAAAUUAUUAACAAGGAGUAAUUAUUCAAAAGGAAACAAUCCUUUUAAUUUCCUUAGUUGUAAGGAAGUUUUUUGCUAUUCUCAUGACCUUCUUGGGCCAGAAGUUUUUAGUUACUUUUAAUUUUUAAUUAGCCAUGCAACAGUUUCACAGCCUUUCAGGACUUUUGUCCCAUAAUAAAGACUUUUUUUAUUGUGGGGAGAGAGGCAGAAGAUGGAGAUAUUAAUCCUCCUGCUGCAUUUCUUCGGUUAUAACUUUCCUCUGGAACACUAACCCCUGUUGGGAAGCUAAGAUUUUCAGUAUCAGCACAUCUAGGCCUGCUCCAAGCUUGUCAGCUUGUGGAUGAAUAUCAGAAGAGAUGGCUGCUGGAAACCUCCCUUUCAUGGGCCAGUAACAGUGAUUUGGUAAAAUGCUUUAUUUUUAAGGUGUUCUGAAGGCAGCCUCCAGAAGGAGCUAUAGAGGAUAUCUAUAGUUCCAUCUAUAGUAUGGUGAUUCUUCCCUUCCAUGGGACUUCACAUUUUUGGGGGAAUGCUAUAAAUCUUCUCCCCAGAAAAAUGUAGUUAGUUAUCCUGAUCUAGAGCACCACUCCCUCAUGGAAAUAUAAUAUGAGCCAUAUACAUAAUUUAAAAUUUUCUGAUAGCAUCUCUAAAAAUACCCCGGUAAAAUUAAUUUUAAUAAUUUAUUUAACAUAUCAAAACCUAUUUUAAUAUGUAAUCAAUAUAAAAAUUAUUGAAUUUUUUUCAUACUAAGUCUCCAAAAUCUGGUGUGUAUUUUACACUUAAAAUACAUGCCAGUUCAGAUUCUAGAUUUUUAUCAGACAUACAAUUUGUAUUUAGAUUUCAUAAAAUUUACUGUGGAAAAAUAUAGUCACAUAUUCAAGUUGUUCAAGCAUCUUAAAUAUUUUCUAGUAUUUUUAUGAUUAAUUAAAAUGAAAUAAAAUUAGAAAUACAGUUGCAUUAGCCACAUUUUAAGUGCUUAAUAGCCACAUAUGUUUAGUGGCUUCUAUAUAAGACAGGGCAGAUCCAGAGAAAAUCCGAUAGCUAUCAAAUUUUAAUUUUUCCCCCUAUAUGCUGUUAUUCUCUACCUAGAGAAACUUUUCAACAAAGUUCCUUUGAGGGAUUUGUUUAGACCAGGCCCACACAAGUGAGAGGUACUGCAGAAGUUAGCUUCUCUUAUUUGAAAGGCGAGGGAGCUUUUAUGAAACUUUAAUUUUCUGGAUAUUUUUAGUUCUCUGCUGGUGUGUACUUGAAAAUUUUUUAGAUUGCAACUUUGCUAGCAUUAACUAUUUCAAACGGGACUUUUUAAUUUGAAUGAACAGUCAUUGAAAACUUCUGGGAAAUCAAUGAUACUCCAAUAUAAAAUAAAAAUUAAAUUUAAAAAAAUGAAAGAAAACUGCUGGGCAGAGGAACUCUGAAAGGUAGUCAGGACCCACUUUUUUCACCUAUCAGAUUUGGUGAGGGUGUGGGGAAAAUGGAAUUUUUCACUUUUGAUGAAUAUGUAUCCAAAUAAAAGUCAUGCCCAUACUUUCACCCGGCAAUUCCAUUUCUAGAAAUUUAUCCCUCAGCAGUACUUGAACAAGCGGGCAGAGAUGUAUGCAAAGUGACCUUUACUGUAGCAAAAUGGCCCAUAUAGGUUGAAAACAACCUAUAUGUGCCUAUCAGCAAGGGUUUAAAUUUUGCCACAUAUAUAUGGAAGGUUACCUUGUAGCCAGUAAAGAUAGAUCUUGAUGUACUGAGUUUUAUUAUGAAAAAAAUUAUAGAAUAUAUAUAUGGUAUUAUCCCAUUUAUGGAGAGACAUGCUUAUAUGUGCAUUAAACUUUUCUAGGUUAUGCAAGAAAGUUAACAGUGUGGUGCAGAAAGUGGGUGAUGGGGAGAGAGGGAAUUCUACUUUUCACUUUAUUACUUUCUAAAUCAUUUGAAUUUUUUUUUAACAAUGAGCAUGUAUUGCUUUUAAAAUUAAAAAUUAGCAACCCAC